CUUUCUCUUUUCAACUUUUUUUUUUUUUCUCUUUCUCCAUUCUAUUCCCACCUCCAACUCUUUUUUACAAUAUGGACAUGUCAGAAAUGAGUAUGGAGGAUACUCCUCUCAAUGGUAACGAAAUGUAUUCUCAAACAUUGGUUGGAAUUAUAUGUGCCUUUAUAUUUCUAUUGAUCAUUCGCCACCAUAUUCUAUUACGACCCUAUAUCCCACUGUCAACUUAUAAAACAAGGUCAAACAAUACAGUAUUAUCAAGGUUAUUAUCUAUACAAAUGCCAAUUGGAAUUCAAACACUUUUAAAACAAUAUCAAGCAAUCGAUCGUUUAGUAGUGAACAAGUUUACCUGGUCCUUACCUUUUUUACCUCCCAUUGGUGUUAUACUUAUAUGUUUGGUACUGAUCACUACGAUCCUUCCCCUUUUAUUGUUGAAUACUGAUCUUUCCUUAAACUCCAAUCGUGCAGGAUUCCUUACUAUUGGUUUGGUUCCAUUUUUAUUGGCUUCUACAGGGAAAUACUCGGCCCUUGCUUUAUUAACUGGUAUGUCAUCUGCUCGUUUGAAUGUUUUCCAUCGCAUAUUGGGUUGGGCUAUUGUGAUCUUGGCUACUGUUCAUAUGUCUUGUAUGUUAUCCGCAUGGGCUCCUUUCCCAUCCUUUAUGGCUUCUCAAUUGACAAUUCCAAAGGUACGAUAUGGUUUGGCUGGAUAUGGUUGUCUUUGUGUGGUUGUCCUUGGUAGUCUUUAUCCUAUACGUGUAUACAAAUACGAAUUCUUCUUAUGUACUCAUAUCCUUGCCUUUGGUUUUAUUGGUGCUAUUUCCAAACAUACUCCUUAUGCUAUGCGUUACUUUAUCUCUGGUAUUAUCUGUUAUUUAUUGAAUCUUUUAGCGGCCUGGUGUGUUCAAGCUCGUCUAGCUCGUGUCCGUACCCAUGUCCUUGAUCAUGAUUGUACAAGAUUAUCUUUACGUCUUUCUAGUCCUAUGGCUCAUGCUCCUGGUCAAUUCAUUUACGUAUGUAUUCCUCGUCUCUCUGCUUUCCAAUGGCAUCCUUUUACGAUCACCAAUAUUCAACCUCAAGGUGAAGGUUUUUGUGAUACAAUGGUGGAAGUACAUGCAACUGUUCGUGGUGAUUAUACUCGUCAACUUUACAAGAUGGCUGGACAUUCUGGUGAUGAUGAUGAUGAUGAUUGGAUUGCUUUUUUGAGUGGCCCAUGUGGUCGUGCUUUAUCUUCCACUUGCCCCAAGACUAUGCUUACUGAACAAACUGUUAUUGUCCUGGCUAAUGCUGGUGCUGGUGUUACUUAUGGUAUUCGAUUGAUCCGUGAAUUGGCUUCAACUCUAUUAGAAGUGGAUAGUUUCAACAUAUCAUCUACAAACGAGGGUUAUGAUCAACAUCAUCCUAUUCAACAAAGUCAUUCUAAUUUGAAAACUCGUGAUAUCUAUUUUAUAUGGUCCGUACGACAUGCUGGUGCUUUCAAAUGGUUUGGUCCUGAAUUACAAUCUUACAAGGAUCAAUUUGACAAGGCUCAUACAUCCAAUUCCCGAUUCCCUCGCUUGCAUCUUAUAUUACAUCAUACUGGUACUGAUGAAAUAGAGCAUGACUUUUUGGAUACAACCGACGUUAAGAAUAUGGAGAAGGAAAACAAUGAAAUCAUUAGGACGACAGAACCCGACGUGAUGGAUGAAACUUGUGAUGAACUGGUUUACGAAAACAAAGUAUCGACAUAUACAACUGAAUAUAGUGAAACAAAAGCACGUUUGAUCAAGACUGCCCUAUUUCGACGACGAGUGGAUCCAAAAGAAUGUCUGGCAUUAUCUUCUGACUCUGAUACGAUGGGACUCUUUGUGUGUGGAUCUACUAGUUUUAAUCGAUCAUUCAAGAAUGUUGUCGCUAGCACUGAUGUUUCAAGAUCAUGUUUAUUGGAUUUCCAUUGUGAAGAAUUUGAAUAUUAGAUCAUUCCCCUGCAUCACAUGACACAAUAGUAGAUUUAUCAAUGUAUUAUAUUACUGAAAUAAAGCGUUUUGAUUCGCCUAUUCACAGCCAUAAAGUCUCAUUUUCAUAUUAAAA